AUGGGCUCUCAGGUGCAGGACGAGUUCACAGUGCUGGUCACUGGAUUUCAGCCUUUCCGGCCUGAAUAUCCCGUCAACCCGUCGUGGGAAAUCGCCAAAUCCCUCCCAGAGUACCUCCCGGCGCGGAGAGCAAAGGACCCCAGCUCACGAUAUGCCGUCAACACGCCGCCCGUCCGCAUUCUGGUGCAUCCCGAGCCCAUCCGAGUCAGCUACAAGACGGUGAGGGAGCUGGUGCCGUCCUUUUGGGAGGAGACGUAUGCCGGUCGCAAGAUUGAUCUCGUCAUCCACAUUGGCAUGGCCGGCCCGCGGCCCAUGUACCAGAUUGAGAGUCGCGGACAUCGCACAGGGUAUAAGAGCCCCGAUGUCGAUGGCAAGCAUCUCGACUCGUUGGAUGGGGAGCGAGGCGAAGACUGGGUUUGGCACGGCCUGCCGGAGACUCUGAGGACGGACUUGGAUAUGCAAGACAUCUGGGAGAGGUGGCAGCAGCACAGCUCGAUUGAUACCGAUCUCCGAAUUUCAGACGACGCUGGCCGCUAUCUCUGCGACUUCAUCUACUACUCAAGCCUGGCAACCUGCUAUAAGCAGAACAAGCCGAGGAAAGUCUUGUUCUUCCACGUGCCUGCAGAUCCUACCGAAGGGAUGCUCAAGCAAGGUCAUGAAUUAGCCGUCAAUCUCAUCCGAGCCAUAGUGGAGAGCGAGGUGGCGGCCCGUGAUCAGAACGCGGUGUAG